UGACAUUUGACUGAGAAUCAAUGUUUAUUGUUGAAUGCGAUGCGCCAUUAUCAUAAAAAUAAUACAGAAUUAGAUUGAUUUAAUGAAACAUCAAAAUUAACUUCAAAUCAUAAGUUUCACAUUUACAAAUAGAUCGAAUCCAAAGCAAUGUUAAGCAGGAGAGAUAGAUCAAGAUCACCAAAUAGUUGGGGAUUUUCAAAACAUUCCAAAGACAAUGGCCAAGAAAACAGUUCAGACAUGUCUAAUACAAUGAAUAGUAUGAUGAUGCCAAAUAUGUUUAGCCAAGGAAAUAUGAUGAUGGGGGGAAUGUAUAACAUGAUGAUGCCUAAUGGUAUGAUGGCACAAACUAUGGUACCAACUACAGGAAUGGAUAUGAUUUCUGCCUCUGGCAUGGAUAUGAUACCACAACAACCAAUGGAUAUGCAAGCUAUUGCGAGUCCAUCUGUACAGGGUGGUCCCGCUAACAUGGACAUAAGCAUGAUAGGUGGUGUGAUGGUGGAUCCCUCAAUGAUGGGAUUGUAUUCUACCAUAAACACCGAGGCAAUGAUAGAAAAAAAAGAGAUUAUCCUAAAACAUUGUAAGCUGAUACCUCCAGAUCCCGGGGCAUUAGUUCCUCCGAAGAGAGCUAGGCCUCCAGGUUGCAGGACUAUCUUUGUUGGCGGUUUACCUGACAAGAUUAGGGAAAGCACAGUCAGGGAAAUAUUUGAGGAGUAUGGAAGGAUUCAAAUUUUGCGUCUGUCUAAGAAAAACUUUUGCCAUAUAAGAUUUGAUAGAGAGAGCUGUGUAGAUGCAGCCAUGGCUGUGUCCGGCUAUCAUAUAAAGUUAACAAGUAAAGAUGAUAAGGACAAAGAUGAGGAUGAAGUCCCACAUGCAAUCAGUGGUCGGCUUCAUGUCGAUUAUGCCUUGAGCAGAGAUGAUCAAAAUGAUUAUGAAAGACGACAACGUCAGGCAUUGCGAAUGCAACAGCAACAGAUGCAGCAAUUAAAUGCACAACAGGAGGCCCUCACUACCACGAGGAACAUGAGCUACAAUCACUCACCGUCACCUCCAAGAGUUCAGCCGUUCUGCACUUCUGCUGUUAUGCAAAUAGCUGAAAAAAUUAAAAGUGAAGACCAAUUCGCUGCUACUCUUCCUACAUUGAUUACUUGGCUGGAGCGUGGUGAAUGCUCAAAAAAGAACGCAACUCAGUUUUAUUCUAUGCUACAAGCAACAAAUUCUCACAUACGUAGAUUAUUUAACGAAAAAAUCAUGGCAGAAGAGGAACUGGCGCAGUGUAGGGAGAGAGUUAAAAAUAAUAUUGAACAAGUGAUAAACCAACUCGAACAGGUGGUGAAAGUGUUUAGUGCGGCCACGCAUCAGCGAGUCUGGGACCACUUCACGAAGGCGCAGCGAAAAAAUAUUGAAACCUGGCAAAAAAUGACACUGGAGUUCAAUGCACUGAAAGAGGAAUUCAAUGAGAAAUUCUAUGGAGAAGAUGAAUUUAAUGGAUUAAUAAACAGAAGUGGCGACGGUAACACUGAUGAAGUAAAGCAACUGAAGAAAGAGAACGAAAGCCUGCAGUUUGAACUGGAUGCGUACAAGAAUGAGGUCGAUGUUAUAAAAGCGGAGGCUUCACAGGAAAUGGAGAAGUUCAAAGCCCAGUUUAUUGCUCGGCAAGCUUUACAAGGGACGCUCGACAAUAACCCCCCACUACCUUCGCCGGUGUCGAAGCCUCCCCCGCCACCACCACCGCCGGAAGACAUCGACGCCAAGGUUCUGGUCCGCGAUGAAGUAGACGCCGUUUGUGGUGAAGCGAAACUUAUUGGAGUUAUGUCAGCGUUCUUGCAGGUACAUCCCCAAGGCGCCAGCCUGGACUACGUGGUGUCGUACGUGCGGGCUCUGUUCCCCGCCAUCACCCAGGCCACCAUACACCACGUCCUGCAGAAACACAGCGAGGUCUUCCAGAGAACAACCAGUGGGAUCGGCGCCAACAUUGAGCACCGAUGGAAAUUCGUCGCUUUUGCGUCCUAGCCCUCGACUCCGCCUCACCAGUAUUAGAUUUAUAUGUCAUAGUUUAAUUCAUACCUUCUAAGUAUUCGAUCAAAUUAAUUUUAUGGAUCACUUUGAAUAUAUUAUAUUCAAUAAA